AUGCCUGAAAACUUGAAGAAACGCGGCUUGAAGAGGAAGCGAGUUGAUACCGAAGAGGAGAACUUGGAAGUCCGGAUUAUAGGUAAACUGCACCAUGGUCUCAAAGAAGCCAAGAAAGCUGCGAAGGUUUCGAAGAUACACGAAACUCAAAAGCUAGUGAAGAAGUUAAAACAAGCAAAAUCUUCCACGAAUGCUGAUCACACUAAGGUCAUACCAGAGCUGGAGGAGCAGUUGCAAAUGGUGAAGCGCAUAAAUCACGAGCAAGUGGCUGCCACAGCCCUGAAAACCAAAGUCAACAAGAAUCGCAUCUUGCGGACUGAUGAACGUGUUCAAGGAGCCGUAGCGUCUGAGCUGUCGUCUAAUCUGCUUACUCCCGCAGAACCUGGCAGCUCUCUCGCGAAAGUGCAGGCACGGCUUCUGAGCUCAAAAGUACUUGCGAAUGCCGCAAUUACGGUAGUGCAGAGCAUUCUGCGUACUCUGCACCCCGAUACUCCAAAAGCUCAAUCACCCGGCGUCGCUAAUGCCGAGGAGGACACUGAAGCUGAAUUACUCGAGCCUGCCGGGAAAUUGGGCCAGCUGCUUGCGAGAAGCGCGGAAGAAGAUUCAGAUGGUGAACAGGAUGAGGAUGUUAGUUCUCCGGACUUAGACACAAAGGUCGGGUCUCCUGAACUCGAAGGUUUUGAUGACGGUGGAAGUGAAGACUCGGGGGUUGUUCACGGGGACACUUCAGAGGGCAGUGAUGACGAUCUUUCCUCCCGUGUCGGCGACGAUCCCAGUCGUAGUCUAGCACCGCAAAUUACAACUGGCACUAAAGGCGAAUCGACAUUCUUGCCUUCCCUGUCAGUUGGAUUUAUCCGAGGCGACUCGGACUCGGACUACAGUGAUGGCGAAGCAGCGUCCGUAGUUGGAGGCCGGAAGAAUCGACGCGGUCAGAGGGCAAGGCGGGCUAUCUGGGAGAAGAAGUAUGGGAAGAACGCCAAUCAUGUCAAAAAGGGAGCGACGCAAGGACGGUCGCAUGCGGGUUCGGCCGACACACGCAAACGGCCACCAUUUUCGAAAGGUGGCCGAAGGGAUGCUGAAUCAGCUGUCAAGUCUGCACCCAAAUCUUACCAACCGCGGAAUUCUGAUAAGGCGCCAUCUGGCGCAUCUGCUCAACCAGAGUCCGGUUCCAGUUCAAAUUUCAAUCCCCAGCCACGGGUAUCGAAGGAAGAGCGCCCUUUGCACCCGUCUUGGGAGGCGAAGAGGAAACUGAAAGAGAAGCAGCCAGCGACUAUCGUUCCGCCUCAGGGCAAAAAGAUCAAGUUCUAGUCAGGAUUUCAUUGGUCAUGGUGUCGAACUUGUUAUACGUCCGCCGGCGCUACUACUCUGGAAGUAUGCUUGAACACGGCCUUAUAUAUCUCUUCGCGCAUCUUAACGAUAUUUAUGUCUGUAUAAACAGCAACGUGACUGUUUCUAAUCCCGAC